AUGGUGGACUCAAGCAAGCAAAACGAUUUACGUGAGAUCAUAAAGGUAUCAAAUGCGUUAAUGCAACAGUUCGACAUUACAGAUGCUUGCUCGUCCGAAAAAGAAGAUAAGGGUAGCUGGGAUCCACCAAAACGCUUAUCGUAUCCAUUAGUCAAUGCUUUCGAUCGAUCUUUUCGACAUCUCAACCUCUCCUUGCACAUGAAAAGACGGUACGAGGAAAAAUUCACUGAAGUAUCAGAUCAGCUACACUCAUUGUGCUUGGCAGAGGUUGUCAAGAUAGCAUCAUCACUUCAUGGAAAAUUACACAACUGUGAUUUUGAGAAAAUUGUCCGCAUAACCGAAACUUCUCUGAGUGAGAAUGUGUCGCAAUUGCAUAGCAGUAUGAUGGCUACCAUUCAGAAUAAGAUAAAGGCGUUUCACGCUGAUGCGGCUUUUAGCGAUGUGGAAAGCUCAGGUGAAUCUUCUGUUGCUCAAAAAGGUCAUUCUCGGCGGGCAGUUGCCAUUCUCGAAAAAGUCUUUUCUCAAACAACCAACAUCAAUAAAUCAGAGAAGCUUCAAUUGGCAAAGGCAACCAAUCUUGAGCCACGUCAAGUCACAAUUUGGUUCCAAAAUAGACGCAAUCGUAAACCCACAGCUCAAGCACAUUCAAACACCAAGUCACAGAAGCAAUCUUCCUCUUCACUACCUUUGCGACGCAAACGCAAAUCGGACGAAAUGGAUGGAAUUGUUCCAUCAACACCAAAGCAUCGCCGUCGAAUGUCAGAUUCAGGCAUGUCUCCAGGUUUGUCAAGAGACGUGACGCCUUUCUCCAUCUCUUCAAGAGGUCGCAGCAGUAGUGUGGACCUUUUUGAAGCUGGUCAUGCGAUGUCGUCAGGAACGAGCUACGAUGACAGCUUUUCAGCUUACCAAAGCAUUAGCGUAAGUCCACCAAGAUCCACAUUUGGAGCAAGUUCGUUCGAUGAACAAAUCGUUCGCUUUACCAAUGCAAAGAACAGCGGCAGUAGCAGCAACAGCAGUAGCAACGGCAACAGCCGUAAUAGCAGCAACACCAGCAACGAAAUGAUGUUCAACGAAAAUGGUGAAUUGUUGCUCGAUUGGGAUGAUUUGGAGUUGAAUUUGGAUGACUUCACAGGAACACAAAGCUUAACUCCCCUCACAGACAAUCAAAACAACGGAAUUCUUGCAGGUCUUGAUUUGCCAAAUUCUGCACAUUCUACACAAGAGACAAACGAUCUUGUUUCGAUCUUUGCACGCAAAUUAGUCGAAGAAAGUUUCAAUCCAGAGGAAUUUUUGGCGCAAAUGCAACAAAGUGAAGAAUGGAGUUCACCCGUCAUGGGUCGUUUGUUCCUGGCCAGAGGACAAGAACAGGAUGCAAUCUCCUUAGCUGAUUUGCAAAGUACACAAAACUCAGGACCAUCAGCUUCCACCAGCACGCAAACAUCACCAGGAUCAAGCACACCAAGAAGCUUGUUCAACUUUGAUUUUGACAACUUAGGUUUGGAAGAUGCUAUGACGUACAACAAUGAAUCGAUUGGACAACAAAUUAACUCAAUUGAUUUGCAUGCAAUGGAAGAAUUGCUCAAGUACGAGCCACUUACAACAGACAUGCUUGGCCUCAUUUUUUCACCACCAGCAUCAGCAUCACCAAUCGCAAACGUUGACACCGCCAGCUUGACUCUCUUAAAUUGA